UCAUCAGUUUUCUUUAGCAAAAACAUAACUAGAGAGGCUCAAGAACAAAUCUGUGCAAAGAUGGCUGGCAUACAAAUUCACUCUUCGACCAGAUAUCUUGGAUUACCUAUGGGAAUAGCUAGAUCCAAGAAGGAGGCCUUUGACUACAUUCUAUUUGUUGUGAGGAGUAGAGUGGCAAACUGGAGGAAUAAGUGCCUGUCCAAAGCAGGUAAAGAAAUACUUAUUAAGGCU